AUGUAUCAACCAGUGUAUUUUAGUAAUACACAGAGAUCUUUUGAUCAUAUUUCUCCUCCAUUACAUUUACAACAACAAAAUCAUCAUCAUUAUCAUCAUCUUCAUCAUCUUCAACAUCAUAAUCAUAAUCAAUAUCAUAAUCAACAUCAUAAUCAACAACAUGGUAAUAAUCAACAACCAUAUACUCCAAUUGAUUUAAAUUAUAGUCAUUCAAUGAUACCUUCAAAUUUAUUGAUUAAUUCUCCUUAUUUUACACCACCACCAUCUGCUGCUAGAUUUUUUUCAAAUCAACCACCACCAGUACCACAAGAAUAUAAUUAUCCAAUUCAUUCUUCUAUUCAUUCUUCUCCAAAAUUUUCAAAUUCUGGUAAAUUUAAAAAUCGAAACAACAACAACAACAACAACAACAACAACAACAACAGCAAUAUUAAUAAUAAUUUUAAAAAUCCAUAUAAUAACAAUUCACCACAAUUAACUCAAAUUAAAAAUUUAAAUUUUUCUUCAUCAAGUUUAAAUAAUUCACUUUUAAAUUCAAAUUUUGAUCAACUAAAUAUUUCAAGAACUAUUAUAAUUAAAAAUAUAAAUGAAGAAAUUGAAUUAAAUCAUUUACUAAAUUUUAUAAAUUUUGGUCCAAUUGAAUAUUGUAAAUUGAUUUUAAAACCGACGCCUAAAAAUUUAGUGGAAAAAGUUGUUGUUGAUGAUGAUGAUGAUGAUGAUGAUGAUGAUAAUGAUAAUAAUAAUAAUAAUAAUGAUAAUAAUAAUAAUAAUAACAAUAAUAAUAACAAAAUUUCAUCAAAUUUAAAAGUUUGUUUAAUUACUUUUAUAAAUUCGAAAAUUUCAGUUAAUUUUUAUUUGCAAAUUUAUAAAAAUGUUAAAAAUUUUAAUCAAUUUAAGAAAGAUUUAAAUAGUCCGUUUUUAAAAAUUCAAUUAAAUAAUCAAAAUGGGAAUGGUAAUAAAUCAUUCGACUCAAAACAAGAUUUAAUUAAAUUGAAAACUUUAAAUUAUAUAUUGGAUUUAAAUGCAACUAGAUCAAUUAUAAUUAAAACUAAUGAAACUAAAGAUGUAAUUCAUGAUCAAUGUUUGAAAUUUGGUGAUAUUGAAGAAUUUAUAGAUGAACAAGAUGGAGAAAUCAAUAUUUUUAGAUUACAUUUCACUUCCAUAAAUUCAGCAGUUAAAACUUUUGAAUAUUAUACUAAAAAAUCAAAAGAUCAAGUUGAAUCAAUAUCAUUUCAAAAAGAUAGAUGUGAUAAAACUGAAUUAGAUGACCAUGAAAAUAAUGAAGAAAAACAAAAUAAUAAUUCUUCAGAUAUUUUAGUUGAAAAUUCUGAAAUUGAAUCAAUCAUAGAUACUUCAGAAGAAGGUGUAAUUACAAAUGAAAAUGAGAAAAAUAAUUCAAGUUCAAAUGAUUUAGUUGAAGAUCCAUUAAGUCCAACAUCAUCUUUUAUUGACCCAUCAUCAUAUUUAUAUCAAGAUUUUAAUUCAACUAUAAGUAAUGAAGGUUAUUCAAUUCUAUCAUCAAAUUCAAGAUUCAACAAUAAUAAUACUAUUCCAUAUGAUUAUAAUUUAUCUAACUCCUCAUUAAUAUUACCUCAUUCAUCAUCAGUUUCAAAUUUUGUACCACCUCCUUCAAUUGAUCCAAAUUAUGGAAAUCGUUCAAUUUAUCUUGGUAAUUUACAUCCAAAUACAACAAUUGAAGAAAUUGCAAAUAAUAUAAGAACUGGAGGUUUAGUUGAACUGAUUAAAUAUCAUCCUGAUAAAAAAACUUGUUUUAUUACAUUUAUAGAUGCAAAUAUAGCAUAUAAAUUUCAUAUGAAUCAUCAAGUAUUACAUCAAUUAGUUAUUCAUGGAUAUGAUAUCAUAGUUGGAUGGGCAAAACAAAAUAGUGGUCCCUUAUCAAGAGAUGUUGCCUUGGCUGUAACUGCUGGAGCUUGUAGAAAUGUUUAUAUUGGAAUUAAAUUAAUUAGAGAAGAAGGAAGUUUAAAACCAAAAUUACCUAAUGAAUUAGAAUUAAGAUCUGACUUUUCAAAAUUUGGAGAAAUGGAACAAAUUAAUUUUUAUCAUAAUAAUGAUUGUGUUUUCUUAAACUUCCUCAAUAUUAUUGAUGCUAUUAAAUUAGUUGAUAUUUUUCAAAUGGGUGAAAGUGAAGCUAUAAUGAAAUUGAAAAAAAUUUUAAAAUCCGAUGAUGAUGAUGAAGUUUUACAAUUUUAUAAUAAAUAUUCAAAAUUUAAAAUAUCAUAUGGUAAAGAUCGUUGUGGAAAUAAUCCAAAAUUUUCAUUUCAAAAAAGAUGUGAAAAUAACGGUGUAUCUACUUAUAAAACUUAUCAAAAUGAAUUACAUAACAAUGUGAAAAACAGAAGAAAGAAAAAACAAGAAGCACAACCACGUUUAUCAGAACCAAAAGAAGUUGGAUCUCCGAUUAAUGAAGAAGCAAAGGCCAUCUUUGGAAUAAUAUCAAAUGAAGAAGAAAUAGAAACUGCAUUACCUCAAGUAGAUGAAGAAAAAGAACAACAAGAACCAGAAUCGGAUUCAGAUGAAGAAGUUUCAAUUAUAAUCUAUUCAGAUUCAGAAAUUAUAAAACAACAACCACCAAAAUUGAAAAAACCUCAGAAAUAUAAGAAAAUCUACCAUAAGUCAAAUUCAAGAAAUAGUUCAACUUCAUCAUUUAAUCAACCUCCAUUAUAUUAUCAAAAUUAUUAUGGAAGUCAAAUUAAAUUCAUACCGGUAAUUACACCAAUCCAACCACAACAACAAUUCCCUCCUCAACAAAUGCAAUCGAAAUAUUCAAUGAGUGGAUAUGAUGUAAUGAAUCAAUAUUUGAAUCAAAAUAAUAAUGGGUGUUUUAAUGGUGAUUAUUUUAAUAAUGGAAAUGGUAAUGGGUAUAAGAGAAAUUCAAAUAAUGGGAAAAAGAAAUGA